UAAUACCAUAGAGUUAGGAGACCGUCGCGAAACGGGCGGAGCGUCCGAAACCUCACUGUUUUACCACCAACUUAUUUAGGAUUUUGUCAACAGAAACGCCACUUCUUUCAACAAAAGAAAUACCUUCACCGGGUUCUCUAAAGAGGAAGCUUUCUCUAUGGUGUUUAUACAUAUAUCAUUGUUGUUUUUUUUGUUGAGAAGAGGCUAGCUGUUCAUUUUGUCGAUGCAAUGAUGAACAGCAACGGGAAUAAAAGGGCACCGUCUACAGCCACCCAGAGACUGAAACAGGACUACCUCAGGAUAAAGAAAGACCCUGUGCCUUACAUCUGUGCUGAACCCCUACCAUCUAAUAUCCUCGAAUGGCACUAUGUUGUUCGAGGUCCUGAGAAGACCCCAUACGAAGGGGGAUAUUAUCACGGCAAAUUAAUAUUCCCUCGGGAUUUCCCUUUUAAACCACCCAGCAUCUACAUGAUCACACCAAACGGGAGAUUUAAGUGUAACACAAGGUUAUGUCUGUCCAUCACUGAUUUCCACCCGGACACGUGGAACCCAGCCUGGUCCGUCUCCACCAUCCUGACAGGCCUGCUCAGCUUCAUGGUGGAGAAAGGCCCCACUCUGGGCAGUAUCGAGACCUCCGACUACACUAAAAGACAGCUGUCGGCCCAGAGUUUGACUUUCAACCUGAAGGACAAGGUGUUCUGUGAACUGUUUCCUGAUGCAGUCGAUGAGAUCAAGCAGAAGCAGAAGGCCCAGGAGGAGUUGAGCACCCGCCCACAGCCCCUCCCCCUCCCAGACGUGGUUCCCGACGGCGACUUUCACCACGGCAACUACGAAAUCCCCGCCCUCAACGGAGGCCAUGCCCCCUUGGGCCCUGCAAUGCUCGCCCCAGACCUACAGCAGCCCAAUCGGAAUCACGGACUGCUUGGCGGGGCCUUGGCUAACCUGUUUGUGAUUGUGGGGUUCGCUGCAUUUGCCUACACGGUGAAGUACGUGCUGCGGAGCAUCGCCCAGGAGUGAGAGAGGAGAGAGCUGAAGAAAAGGGGACAGUUAACCCUCGGGCCAGUUACAGGACUAUUAGAGGAUUUAAACAUGCGGGGGGGGGGAUGAAUGGAACGGGGUUGGUUUAUGAUCCUCUCUGUGCUUAUGACCCAGAGACCAGGUGGAAGUGCUUGACUCGUGGGUCGUAUAGGGAAGCAUAGACAUUUAAGUUAAGGUAGAUUGGUGAUUCUCUGUGAAAAGCAACGUUAACAUUGUAUAGCAAUGUGGCUUGACAGCCAUGUUGACCGUAGGCUUAAUUCAUUGUUCUUCUCCACAUCAUUUCUCUGAAUCCGCCGUGGUGUCUGUGUGCUAGAUCAAUUCUAUCUGUUGUGCCGCCAUGUUGGUUGAUCCCUGUAAAGAAUCAUGUGGAAUUUGGAA